AUGUCGACCCCAACGACCCAGAAACAGACACCCGUCCAUCUGCAUCCACUAUCACCUGAAGAGGUUCCCUCCAAAGGACGGCGGAUUCGCGGGCAGCAAACUGAAGUUCGACCGGGAUCAACAUAUCAUAGUCUGAAGGCACAAUUAGAACAAGACCAGUCUGAAUCGCCAAACUGGGAUGGGAGCGUUCGAGGAUAUGGACAAGGAAAGACGGAAGGGCGGAACAUUCCAGAGGGUAGCUGGCGGAAGACAGACAAGUUGCCCCCACUGUUCGUCGUCGGAUCUCCUCACGAUACUCAUAGCCCCGAAGUCGUCAUAACGACCGAAUCAGAGCUUCAAGGCGUCGACUCUGCGAUCUCAAACCACAUUCUCGCGACUAAGUGGCAUACGUAUUCUGACGAAGCUAUUCAAGCCACAAUUUCCAAGCUUAGUGCUGCAGACUCGCCAGCAGAUGCAUCGAACCAUCCAUACCAUACAACUCUGCGUGUAUUAUCUUCCGCGGUAUACAACCUGUCGCGGGCUAGGUUGGAGCUGGAGGAGGCCAGGAGGACACUUCAAGACAAGGAAAUUGCCAAAAGAAAACGAGCUGACGAAUUGCUGAAGGAACUCAAACCUUCUGAGCAGGAGGUCGCGCGACGCGUCGUACAACUGUUAUUCACUGACGACGAUGAAAGUGAGCAUCGCGUACAUAGAAAGCAAAGUGUCAUGUCGCUGUCAGAAUCUCUCGCAGAAGCUGUUGCUGACGAGGUAUCAAUGUCGCGUAGCCCACCUGAAGCUCCACACCCACUCACUCCAAUGUCUGAAGAGACACCUGCAAUGCUUGAAGCCAGUGUAGUUGAAGAACGCGUUGAACCGGAAUCAUCCCGUGAGGAUGAUACAUCUGGAGAACCCACGUUAGUACCACAGAAAUUGCGACAAGAGCGUCCUUCAAUUGGAGAUUGGAUGGGUACUUGGUGGGGUAAGAAAGGCGAACGUCCUCCUGGUGACAAGGAUCCCCCGUUAGAAGUGCCCCCCAAAAAGCAAACGCGGCGAAGAUCUGCCAGGAGUGUAUUCGGCACUCUUGGAAUAUCAAUGUUGAACCCUCCACCCCUUUCAUCCUCCAAGAAACAGCCCACUUUGAUAGUGAACGACACAUCAGAUGCAGCUUCUAUUCACUCGAACAAGUCAGCCAAAUCCUCACAUACAAACAUUGGGUCUUCGGUAUCUGCAGCUGCCUCAGCCAUUUCCUCUCCAAUACAAACCUCUUUUGCACCUUCUCCUGCUGCACCAUUGAUAUCCACGGUGUUCGAAAGUCUUAUUUCUACACAAACCUUGUCGAAGGAUCCUUCGUUACAGAGCAAUGAUUCACCUGCCAUCCUUUCGCAGGGAUCCUCGCUUCGAGCGAUCGCCAAUGCUACCCGAGUCAUGAGUUCCGAUCCCAAUAGCAUCCUCGCCGACCAGGGAAGGGAAACGAGUCCUUUGAUAGCGAGACUCGCCAUGGAACUUGUCAGGAACGCACGCGACGAAGGAAUCACAUUUCGGGAACGCCCCAAAGAUCGGAAAGAGUUCAAAUCUGAUCAGGCUACUACCGACGGCGCUGAGCGAUCUGGCGCAGUUGGUACCAUGUCACCUAAUCUGGGGUCUACGGAUGCAACCAUGAGCCUCAAUCGCACCCUGGCUGGCACACAUUCAGACACAAAGAAGACUAAGCCAUCAAGGACUGCUAGCCUUAUUCCGGCCACGACGCCUUUUGCUUCCCCUCUCUUCGGUUCAUUCAUGGGUCAGCAAUCUAAGAAACCUUCCAACCUUCACGAUAAAGGUUAUUCAAACGAACAAUCUUCAUCCCCUGGACAAAGGAUCGGUAGCAAUGUGCUGCCAUCAAAUGCUGCCCCUAUAAGGAAGAAGCCGGCGUCGGUUCCACUAGAGUCCAUUAUCCCAGCAACAUCCAAACCUCCUACACAAUAUCUCUCACGGACAUAUACUCCCUUGACAGCUCGCGAUUUCCGAUUCACCAUUCCUUUACCCCAGUCGGCAUCGCGGUAUACUGUUUAUCAUGAUGACAAGAACAAACGACCGUUGACCGACCAAUAUGGGUUCAUGUACGACGUAUCACAGUACGAUCUCCUUUUGCUCAUUCGUGCUAGGGAAUGUGGAAACACCGCGCCUGCUUGUUUGACGGGUGUCAAGAUCGCAGACCGCGAAGAAGACAACAGCUGGCCGGACGACGAAGAGGAUGAUCAAGGCGAAGCGAAGGACACCAUUGACAUUGUGAAAGGGAGCUGCCCCUGCAAUGGCGAGCUGGACGUUCCAAACAGCAGCAAAUCCGACAGAUUGUCGCAGGCCACACCGGGCGAUUCCAAUUCUGUCAGCAUCAAAUCUCGCUCGUCGUCAAAGAGCCGACGGCGUUCAUCUGUUGUCCCGUCUGGCGCGGCCAUUUCAAAUAUGGGGACGGCGAUGGCAUCCGUGCUAUCGGUCAAUCCUGACACACCGCGCCACGCUUGCGCGAACACCAUGCGGCACUUGCUCAACCAGCUAACUGAGAUACAUGAUCAGAAACAAGCCGCGCAGCGCAAGGAGUGGGACGCGUUCGUGAAGCAGAGGAGCAAAGUCAAGCACCUCAAAGCCAAUAACAACGCUGCGUUAUCCUCAUCUGUGGCUGCUGGUGCUGGAGCGGCUGCGGCGAUUCUGGGGCUGGGUACAGCGAUUGAAGAGGAUGAACUGGUGCAUAGUGAAGGGCUCAUUGGAUUCGCGCAGUUGGGUUUGUCUUCGAACAAGGAUGAAAGAAAAGAAUUUGAUCGGCUUGUACGGACCGGUAUUCCGUUGGUGUAUCGCUCCAAGGUCUGGAUGGAAUGUAGUGGUGCUUUGGAGAUGAGAGAACCUGGCUUAUUCCAGGACCUUCUUGCGGAAGCCGAUGGCCCCGACAGCGUGGUGGGCGAGAUUGAGAAGGAUGUGGGGCGUACCAUGCCGCUCAAUAUAUUCUUUGGAGGGGAUGGUGCAGGAGUUGAUAAACUACGUCGAGUGCUGAUUGCUUAUAGUCGGCGGAAUCCCUCCGUUGGAUACUGUCAGGGCAUGAAUCUUAUCACGUCAACCCUUCUGCUUGUUCAUGCAGAUGAAGAGGAGGCGUUUUGGAUGCUGACCGCCAUUGUUGAACGAAUCCUGCCGGAAGACUUCUUUUCACCAUCUCUCCUUCCGUCUCGGGCAUGUCCUCUUGUACUACUUGACUAUGUCCAAGAAUACACCCCGAAACUACAUGCUCAUCUGAAUGACCUUGGGGUCGAUCUCGCAGCAAUCUGUUUCUCAUGGUUCCUUUCCCUCUUUACCGACUGCUUGCCUGUCGAGACUUUGUUCAGAGUUUGGGAUGUGUUCCUUGUAGACGGUCCGGAUGUUCUCUUCCGCGUCGCACUUGGCAUUCUGCGAAAUAAUGAGGGCGAGCUUCUUCGUUGCGAAUCCAUUCCUGCGGUAUAUGUUGCAUUAGAAAAUUUACCUACCAGGAUGUGGGAAGCAGAUAAACUUCUUCAGUUGGAAUAUGACCUCCGACCGUCAUUACUUCAUGCACAGAUCCUCAGUAAACGAGAGGCACAUGUGGCAGCACUGAAGAAGCUCAUAUCAUAA